CAACCCGCAGCCUUCGAUGUAUUUCGCAUGUGGGGGAGGGACGCCGUAUAAGACAUGUUGGCUCAGUUUUGUUGGGAGAGCCCAGUGUAGAUGAGCGGCUGAACUCACGCUGCGAGCAUCAACAGCGUGACUCCGUCUUCUCUUAGUGCACUGAGUGGGCAUUCUAUGCUGUUCAAAAAGGUGGCCUGAGAUAAGCAGCAGAGUAUCUACAACGGAAAGGUGCUUAUACAGUUUGGCGCGGGGAUCUCAGAGGUCAAAUUCCCAGGGAAGUUUCUAGGCAAACAUGGACUGCAAAGGUAUUGUGAAGAAGUGGAGUUCUGAAAAAGGUCAUGGUCUCAUUUCUUGUGAUCUGGACGGCGGAGAGGUGUGGGUACACAGGCGUGCCAUCGGAGAUAUACCCGAUCUUUCUGUUGGUGACAAGGUGGUGUUCCAGAAGGUGGACGAUGGGAAGUCCCGUGGCAAGUUCAAGGCUGCAGAAGUGCGCCUGGCGGCCCUUGAACCCCGGGGCAGGUUCAAGGAACGCGAAGCGCGCGCUACAAAUUCCGACCUAUCAGCCGGCCAACAAGCCGGCCAGCAGCUUUUGCAAAUGUUGAAGCAGCCGCAGUUUCAGCAGCAGCAGCAGCAUUCGCAGCAGCCGCCGCAGCUACCAACGGAACUGCUACCACAGCAGAGGCUGCAGAUGCCAGAGCAGCCGUCGCAGUUACCACGGCAAUCGCCGCAGGUACAGCAGCAUCCGCCGCAGUUGCCAGAGUAUUGGCCAUUCCAUACUCAGCAGCCGCCGCACGUACAGCAACAGCUGUUGCAUAUGUCACAUCAGGCGUCGCAGUUGCCACAUGAACCGCCUCAGAUACAGCAGCCGCUGCAGCUGUCACAGCAGUGGCCACAGCAACCGCAUCUACCGCCGCAGGUACAACAGCAGCCGCCGCAGCUGCGACAGCAGUGGCCACAGCAGCCACAGCAACCGCCGCAGAUACAGCAGCCGCCGCCGGCACCACAGCAGUGGCCACAGCAGCUGCCAGGCGUACACCAUCAACAGUACCCAGGGCCUUUCAAGUUAAAUUGGCCCAUCAAGGAUGUUGCUAGUAUUGCCGCUGAAAACCGGUACUACGAGUGCCUGAAGAAGUAUGACGGGGACGACCUUGCGCGCAUGUUCGUAGAGGCUGAUCUCGUGGAACACCCAGAUCUGCGCAUGGGCAUGGCAAUUAACAUCUUGCGGCAUGUUCUGAGAGAAAAGAUUGGCGAGGAACAAUUCUUAUGGGACGGUCGCUUUGGAUCUGCCGAGGGUGGUAAAGUUGUGGCGAAUAUCUUAGAGGAGGCGAUGGCAAACUUUCUUACCAAAAGCGGCAUAAAUUUCAAGACGGAGAACGCAUUGCGCCUUGAGCUGGGGUCUGCCAUCAGGACGAUGGAUGUGGCCACGCCCGACUUUUUGUUGUUGGACGAGGUGCAGAUCAACGGCCAGAGCGUGUGUUGGAUCGAUUGCAAGUGUACAUUCGGUAGCGCGCGGAUUCUUACAGAAGGGCUGAAGAGUGGCAAGUCACAAAUGUCGAAAAAUCUGGUAACGCAGAGCAUGAGGUACAACCAAGCUUACGGGCCAGGUGCAUUUGUAUAUUCAUUGGGGUUUUCCGAGGGAUUGGCCGACGUAGUAGCCAAAGCGCAGAGAAUGCUCGCGAAUGGUGGGCAGGUAAUUGACACUAUCCAAGCCAAUGGUCACAAUUCAAUUGAUUCAUCAAUGUCUCGCUCGGCUCUUAAUGGUUGCAUGGUACCGUUGUUCCUCGAUGCCGCACUCCUAGACACCAAGAAGUUGUCCGACGCGAUUGCCCAGCAGAGCAAUCGAAAGCAGCUCGAGAGGUGGCAUUUCCCUCAAGUGCUUGCACAAGCAAAUUCCAAGGCCGAUGUUGUUUCGAUCCCCAUUCCGAGGUGAGAAGUUAUAUAUUAGCGGGGAGGGGGCGCGGCAGUCCUGCGGGUCACGUGCAAUUGCGUCACGCGCGCUGCAGCGCAUUGGUGUUGUCCUGUGCGUGGGGCCAAGCCACAAUGCUUGAUGUCCUGCUCGUGGUACUCCCGCCUCGCCGCCUACAAAAAUCAGCUA